UAGUUCCUUCAGCAUGAACCGAUCCGGUACCAUGCUCUGCGUUCUACCGUCAGACUGAGUUGUUUUCUCCAUGGUUUACUGAACUGGACCUUUGAACUUUUCUGCAAAGUUGGAACUCUGGCUCACCCGAACCGAACCAUGGUCCCAGAACUCCAUGGUACCGGGGAGACCAGAAGCAGGCUGAGGAACCCCAGUCCAGGUGGUACCGCCGGCGGGGCGAACCAGGCCCGUUUUGUCAGGGGCUUGCUUGGACAGAUCCAGACGCCCAUCAGGACGGAACCGUUCACCGAGAACUACCGCAUCAUCCCGGGCCAGGAGCUGGGCAGGGGGAAGUUUGCUGUGGUUAGGAAGUGCGUGGAGAAAUCUACAGGCCGUGAGUAUGCCGCCAAGUUUAUAAGGAAGAGACGGAAAGGUCAGGACUGCCGGACGGAGAUCAUCCAUGAAAUCGCCGUGCUUGAGCUGGCCACAGCCAGUCCACGGGUGGUCAACCUCCACCAGGUCUACGAGAUGGCCUCAGAGAUGGUACUUGUUCUUGAGUACGCUGCCGGAGGGGAAAUCUUCAACCAGUGUGUGUCGGAUCGAGACGAUGAGGCCUUCAUGGAGGAUGAUGUGAAGAGACUUCUGAGGCAGAUCUUAGAGGGAGUCUCCUUCUUUCAUCAGAACAGCUUGGUCCACCUCGACCUGAAACCUCAGAACAUCCUGCUGACCAGCAGCUCUCCUCUGGGCGACAUUAAGAUUGUGGACUUUGGGCUGUCCAGGAAGCUCAGCAGCCACCAUGAGCUCAGGGAAAUCAUGGGAACCCCAGAGUACGUGGCCCCUGAGAUUCUCAACUACGAGCCUAUCAGCACUGCAACAGACAUGUGGUGAGAAGAAAUGAUUCAGAUUUUAGGAUUUUUACCAAGUCUUUAUUUUCUCAGGCUCCAUCAUCACCUCGAUGUCCUUGUCUCAAGACAGAACCUUAAGCCCGGUACAG